AUGUCUUCCUUUGGAGAUGGAGGACGGGAGAAUAUUCAAAAGAGCCCUUGCCUUAACGAAUCAAACUGUCGUGCACAAAACGAUGGUCACCAUUAUUCCAGAUACUCACAUGAAAAUCGUCAACCCAUUCCAUGUCGACAUGCAAAUAAUUGCAGAGAUAAAAACGAUCCGCGACACUCGGCCAAGUAUUCUCAACCAAAUGAUCAUAGGCCUUACGAUGCGUCUGCAUCUAAUCAAGGGAAAAUACACUGCCGUCACGGGAAUGACUGUUGGGAUAAAAAUGAUCCGAAUCAUUGUUCUAAAUACUUCCAUCCAUCUGCGCGUAGCAAUGAAACGAUUCAAUGUCGCCAUGGAAAUGAUUGUCGGGAUAAGAAUGAUCCGCGGCACUGCGCGAAAUAUUCUCAUCCUCAUCGUCGCUGA